UUAUUCUCGACUGCCUCCACCGCCCUCCCCCAUUCUUCGGUUAUUCCAUGUAUAAGAGAGUGCGAUAGAGACUUUUAUAAUCCGAGAAUUAGUUGAAAUCCAUUGGCGGAUUAGAUUCGAUUCUGUAUCUACUCCCAUUGAAGUUUGAAGUGAUUUCGGAGAUAGAACGAUAAGAAUUCGAAUUUGAAACGAUUCCGGUAAUCUUCCCAUGUACUGUGGUUUCGUACCUUACUGUCCAAUUUAAUGAUGCUUGAUGCCGAGCUCUAACCUUGAAAUCAGAAAUGCCAGUUUACUUUGCUCGUGAGGCUCCUAAGCUAUGGAGGAAAAUAUGCAUCGAGGCGUCAAUAGAGGUUUCUCUCCUUGCAGAAAAUUGGAAGUUUGUUUUUGCUGGACUCGUUUUUCAGUAUAUUCAUGGAUUGGCUGCUCAUGGAGUUCAUUACCUUCAUCGGCCAGGACCAACACUUCAGGAUGUUGGAUUCCUUCUUAUUCCAGAACUUGGUGAGGACAAAGCAUAUAUGAGUGAGACUAUAUUUGUCUUCAUCUUUUGUUCCUUUGUCUUGUGGACUUUCCAUCCUUUCUUUUUUCAGAGCAAAAGAAUCUAUACCGUUCUGUUAUGGUGCAGGAUUCUUGCUUAUUUAGGAGCUUGUCAAAUUCUCCGGAUCAUGACAUUCUAUGCAACUCAGCUUCCUGGUCCAAACUAUCAUUGCCGUGAGGGCUCAAAACUUGCCAGGCUGCCCCCUCCAGACAGUGCACUUGAAGUGAUUUUUAUCAACUUUCUGGGGGUGAUAUAUGGCUGUGGUGAUUUGAUUUUUUCGUCACACGUGAUUUUUAUGUUAGUAUUUGUACUGACAUAUAAAAAAUACGGCACAAUAAGGUACCUUAAGCAGUUUGCUUGGCUACUUGCCCUUAUUCAAAGCCUCCUGAUUAUAGCCUCUCGCAAGCAUUAUACGGUUGACGUUGUUGUUGCUUGGUAUACUGUAAAUUUGACAGUGUUCUUUCUUGACAAGAAAUUGCCAGAAUUGCCAGACCGUUCAAGUAGCUCUGCAUCUCCACGUCUACUACCUUGAAAGGAGAAUCUCGAGAUCAUGAACUGAAAAGAGCUUACAGAUUCCUUAAUUGGAAAACUGCCUACAAUACAUAUUUACAGAAAUGUGUAUGAAUAUUUCCUAUCAUCAUACCCAGUAAAACUAAGAGUUACUGGAUGCUUAUUUUCAGUCAUAUUGAAAUUGUAAAGGCCAUGCAUUUGGAACUUAGGAUGCAAAAUGAAACGCAGGAUAGGACCAUAAUGUUAUGCAGUACAUAGGUGACAGCAUGAGCUGAAGAUAGCUAUGCUGCCGUUAAAAUAAUGGUUAUGUGUCAUUGUUCUGUUUAAUAAUUGAUGGAGCCUCAACUCUUUUAAACCUUGAUAA